GACAGGCUAUCGUUUCGGACCGUCUGACCUUGUUCUCAUCAUAUCGAUUGGGUAUCACAUGAUCGUAAGACUAAGGAUCUGGCUAAGUACGUCGUGUCGGUUCGUUUUACUACAUAACUGUCCUUGAUUCUCCCGAAUUGACGGUCAUGUGCCAUGUCCUGCAAUAUCUUUAGAGGUCGCACCUAUUCGUUUGCCACUAGCAGCUGUAUGAGUUGAAGAAGCACGACAACCUGACCCGGUGCGAUCAACGCAUGAACUUGCCUUAUUGGCAAUACGGCUAGGUCACCUGGAGUAUGAUAGACGCUUCUUAGCUGACCUACCAUUGUCCUAGAGGCAGUGCGAGAACUUAAAAAGCCAUUCAUAGCUUGGAUACCGCAUCAGUUUCCUCCUUCCAUAGCAAUCAUGCUACAGCUGCCUGACCUGCGCGUUUUUGACAACACCCAGCUCGUCCUCAGCGCUGUGGCUUGUGUUGGGGUAGUAGGAGUGAUUGCUCAGGCUUACCUUCAUAAAUCAAAGAGUGGUCUUCCUCUUCCACCUUCCCCUCCCACUUGGAGACUUCGGGGGCACUUCACGCCCCCUCGCAACCCAUUUCUCACUGUAGCAGGAUGGAUCGACGAGUACGGUCCUCUGAUCACCAUUCGCUCUGGAACUGAAAAAAUCGUUAUUAUCGGCCGCCACAGCGCCGCGGUGGAUAUCAUGGAGAAGCAGGGCGCCUUGCUAGCUGACCGACCUCGCUUCGUUGCUGCUGGAGAAAUGCUUGGUGGCGGGCUGGGAAUCCUCUUUACAUCUACUGGAGACAGGUUGCGUCGGAUGCGUAGAGCACUUCAUGCGCAUCUCCAGCCUAAAGUAGCUGAGGAGUAUCAGCCCCUCCAGAUGUCACAUGCAAAGAACACCAUCCUCAACAUGCUUGAAGAUCCAUACAACUUCCAAAACCACGUGUCGACUUAUGCUGCGACGGUCAUCACGAAAGUUGCGUACGGGAAGACUACGCCCACCGUUGCAACUGACUCCGAAGCCAGACAAGCCCUCGAGCACCUCCGACUCCUUCGUACAACCAUACGCCCCGGUGCUUACUUGGCGGACUCGAUCCCAUGGCUCAAAUACAUUCCUUGGUAUGGCCAAGAACUGAAAGAGGGUUUCGAGAAGAACCGACGGCUGUACAUCUCUCAGCUGAACCGCGUGAAACAGCAAAUGCAGAGCAACGUGGACAUCGGUCCUUCGUUCGUUAAACAUAUGCUGGAAGGUGUCGAAGUCCACGGUUUGACAGAGCUGGAGAUGGCUUUUCUUGCCGGCGCCUUAUUUACAGCUGCAAUUGAUACGUAUGCACGGCUGCUCAUGGCAGCCGCAAUGUUUCCCGAGGAGCAAGCUAAAGUUCAGGCCGAGCUGGAUGCGGUCGUAGGAAGCCACCGGGCACCGACCUUCGCUGACGAACAGUCCCUCCCUCGACUACACGCCUUCAUCUCUGAGGCUUUGAGAUGGAGGCCACUGAUGCCCGGCGGAGUGGCUCACCGAACGGUUAAGGAAGUGGUUUGGGGAAACUAUUGCAUUCCAGCUGGAACUACGGUGUUUGGCAGUCAUUGGUGCAUUUCUCGAGACCCAGACGUUUUCCCCGAUCCACAUGAGUUCAAACCUCAGCGCUGGAUUGACGACCAAGGUCGUGUUAAGGACGAUCUGAAAUUCUUUGUAUUCGGGUUUGGUCGGCGUGUAUGCCCCGGUCAACACGUCGCGACUAGAUCGAUUUUCAUAAACUCGGCCCUCAUUCUUUGGGCCUUCCAGCUGAAGCUGAAUUCUACGAAGCCGCCGGAUGAUAUGGGGUUCAUGAUGGGAAAAUCUCAGCCGGGCACUAUUGAUUUUAAGACAAGGAUUCCGGAGACGGAUCUCAGGCGCAUGAUGCGGAGUUAUCCCGAGAGCCCUGAAUCCGAAGCCUAG